ACAAAUUGCUGCCGCCAAACGCUCUAAUUUCUAUAGGAGUGCUUUUUUCAAGAAUUUUUAAUUUUUUUACAAUUAACAAAAACACAGAUUUAAAAAAAAAUGGAUUUCAAUACAUUGUUGCAGCAAGCACAACGCUUAACCAACGAGACGCAGAACUCCGAGGAGUUGCCGCGUGUUGAACGUACAAUUUCGCAAGUUUUGCAGGCGACACAGGAGCUGCACUCACGUGUUACUCAAACUGGCGCGCAGGACAUACAGGCCCACAUUCUACUCGGUUCAAAAGGCAUAGAUCUUCCGAAAAUUUCGCAAAAGUUGGAGGCAUUAAAUGCACGAAAAACUUUUGAGCCCCUUGAUCCUAUUGCCGAUACUGACGUGCGUGGUUUUUUGAAGAACGAAAAGGAAAACGCUAUAUUAUCCAUGAUCGAAGAAGUUAACCGAAGUACAUUUGAGGCGGCAGAAAAGCGCCGCUGGGAGUGUAUACGUAAUGAAUGGCAACAGGACAAGGUAAAGCUGUUGAAUGCAAUGGUUGGCCCAUCACAGAACUGGAUCGAUAUACAAAAAUUACCGGAACAAACUGUGCAAAAAUGA